GCGGAAGCGCUCCAACAUUGAUCCAUCCGAGACUCCGUAGAAUAAACCUGCUACUCUGUUUUGGGACAAUAGUCUUCUAGCAGCUGUCACACUCUAGCUUCAAUUGGAUAACUGUUACGAGGUAAACAUUUAUUCUACGUUAAUAUCAAGAUUUAAGAAUACUAAAAUUGUUAUUUGUUUACAGUUUGGGUGCCAGGUUUCUCACAUCUUGUGUUAACCCCGGUAGAUGGUGAAGUAAAUGCUAACCAUGCUAGCUGUGUUAAUCACGCAGUCUGUAAAUGAAAACAGUUGAGACAGAUUCAGGGCUUUAAGAAGAAGUGAUAGUAUCUAAACAGCUGUUAAGUCCAGUUUAAAAAAUGUGGCCAAGCAGUCACUCUGUGUAAUUUCACUUUUUGUCUUGUUGGACCGCAGUCUGGGUGAUGGUCCGGACUCCAAGAUGACCCACAACCUGCGCGCAUGACCACCAGAGAACCUCAGAUUCAGCAGCAGCAGGUCACAUUUGAGGUAUGUUUUCAUCACAUUCAAAUUCAACUUUAAACAACAAUAGUGACAAUAAAACCCAACCCUCCCACCCACACACACAUCCAUGGACCCACACGCACCCAAAGACACACACCCACUCUCACUCACCCACACAUAAACACACACACACACAACCGCACACAGUGUGAGAACUUAAGAUAUAUUGUUAGAUAGACGUGGCCUGACACGGAGACAUUACAUGAGGAAAGAGCUACCUUUAGGAAACACUGGAGUUGAAAAUAGAAAUAAAAUGUUAAAAAGAAAGACCUAAACCUGAUGGACUAAAACAAGAAAGUCAUGUUAAAUGAACAAAUAAGUAAAAGCUCUUUACCAUAUAAAAAAAGGGGUAAAAGAAGUAAAAACCUGUGACGGGAAAUUAAGAGAAAGACUAAGAGCAGAGAUAAUUAAUGGAAUGACAUAAAAUAAACAUUAAGAACUUUGAUUAAAAUGAACAUUUGCAAUAAGAGAAAUAUAAAAUGGCAAUUAGUAAAAAGCCUGGUUAAAAAAGUGAGUCUUGAGCCUCUUCUUAAAAACAUCAACAAUCUCUGCGGCCCUGAGGCUCUCCGGCAGGCUGUUCCACAACCGGGGACCAUAAAAUUUGAAAGCUGAAUGCCGCCUCCUCGUGUGUUUUCAUUUAACUUUGGGUAAGGUUAAAAGGCCUGUGCCUGAGGACCUCAGGGUCGGUGAGGAUUGAUAUGGUAAAAGUAAAUCAGAUAAAUAGGAGGGGCCAAGACCAUUAAUACAUCUAAAAACUAAUAAAAGUAUCUUAAAAUCAAUCCUGAAACGGACGGGGAGCCAAUGCAGCAAUGCUAAAACUGGCGUUAUAUGCUCCCGCCCUCUGGCCCUCGUCAGCUCAGAGCUCAGAGUCGAAAAUUACGCCUAGGUUUUUUACAGAUGUUGAUACUUUAAAAUCUUGUAGUUUUGGUAAAAGUGUCUCUCUCAGGCCUUCAGGACCAAUAACUUGAACCUCUGGUUGAGCUGCAGGAAGUUGGCUGCCAUCCAGGACGUAAUGUCUAAAAUGCAGUUUAAAAGGGCAUCAAUUGGCCCGCUAUCAUCAGGAGACACGGACAUGUACAGUUGUGUAUCAUCCUUACACUUUAGUCAACUUCAGCUCUAUGUUGUGCCUCUUGUCUCUAAGUGUAAUCCUUUGACUCUCUACAGGCUCUAAACAGGGUGAUCCAUGCUUUCAGAUGAGCUUGACUCUAAACCAGAGGUAAUCCUGCUCACUUUCCAUCCAGAUGUGAUUGAGACUGAAACAGCUCCCGUUCUUCUUCUUUUUUUUUUUGACUGCACUAAAUCUCUGUUUCCCUCUUUCAGCUGCUGGUGCAGUUUGUACAGAACGCAUCCAUCCCUCUGGUUCAGGGUCUGGAAGACUCCGAGCCCAAACACCCCUGCCUGCCUCUGCUGGCCCCGGCUGAGAGCUCACUGUGCAGCCCUCUGGAGCUAACAGGUAAAAAAUAAAAAUGAGUCUCCUCAGUGUUGCUGCAUGACACAAAGGCUUGUUUUAGCACCAUUUGUGGACGCUGUUAAGAUGCACACUGGAGAUACCUGAUUACUGAAGUAGUCAAACAAAACUCAGAUAAGUUAAAGGGAUAUUCCGGCGUAAAAUUAAUAUAGGGUCAAACACACCAUAACACUGAGUUAGACUCCUUACCUGUCCGAGCUCCUGCAUCACCACUCCCCAGCCAGAGCCUUGAGGUCCUCUGGUCAGUUACUUUUGAUCGUCCCGAAAACCAGACUCAAGUCUAGAGGUGACAGGGCCUUUUCGGCGGUUGCCCUUAGACUGUGGAUCAGUUUACCCAGCCUCUCAGACCUUAGAGUCUUUUAAAUCAUCUUUAAAGACCCACCUUUUCUCCCUUGCUAUUAAUAAAUGAGCACACAGGAAUCAGAGGCACUGUAGCUUUUAUUCUUUUAUUGUCUACUGUUUUAAUUUUACUUUUCAUUGUUAUCUAUCUAUUUAUUUACUUCUUUUAUUUAUCCCAUAUACAGCACUUUGUUUGACUGCUGUGUUUUAAAGGUGCUUUAUAAAUAAACCUUGACUUGACUUAACUAGACACCCCCUCGAGAGAUGAAUGCUGCCGACCGCUUGCUUCUCUAGUUACACCAACUUAAGUAACAACCGCACUGUAGCAUUACACAACGGUCUGAGGAGCCUUAACCAAAACGCCACUCUAUAGCCACAAAUAAUGCUCAGAACAGCACCUAAGUUUAACUUUGCCUAAUUUCUUUAGUAAAGAGACUAAACACAACUCACCUACUCUCUUCCAGCAGCUGCUUGUUUGUACAGAGACCUCGAGCCAGUCCAUUACGGACUACAGCGGGGUGACGCAGCUCAAGGAAGAACAUUUAUGAUCAUUUUUUCAUGGAAAUGCAAUCAGAACGAGACGCUAAGGCAUUAAUAUGGUGAUUAUUACUUCAAGGAAAUGAUAAAGAAAUGAUCAUAAAUGUUCUUCCUUGGGCUGCGUCACCCCGCUGCAGUUGAUUGACUCAACUGGAGGUCUCGCUACAAACAAGCGGCUGCUGUAAGAGAGUAGGUGAGUUGUGUUUAGUCUCUUUGCUAAAGAAAUUAGGCAAAGUUACAAAGAUGUUUGGUGGCUAGUGCUGUGGCUAGGACCCUAUAUGUACUGUUGAUGAAGUUAGGUGCUGUUCUGAGCAUUAUUUGUGACUAUAGAGUGGCGCUUUGGUUGAGGUUUGUUUAUGGCUCCCCAGACCACUGUGUAUUGCUAUCAUGCAGUCGUUACUAAAGUUGGUAUAACUAGAGAAGCAAGCAGCCGGAAUAUCCCUUUAAAGCAGUGGUUUUCAAGUCCAGUCCUCGAGGCCAGUCCUGUGUGUUUUGGAUGUUUCCCUGCCCCAACACACCUGAUUCAAAUGAUCAGCUCGUUAUCGAGCUUUGUAAUGGCUUAAUAACGAGCUGAUCAUUUGAAUCAGGUGUGUUGGAGCAGGGAAACAUCUAAAACAUGCAGGACUGGGGGGCUCGAGGACUGGACUUGAGAACCACUGCUUUAAAGGCAGUCACUUGCAAACAGGUCAGCCAGAUCUGAUGGUAAUGCAAGAUGUAAACAGAGUUUUAGUAUCAUUACUGUAUGCUUUAGUGCAGACCAGGGAGCCAACAGCUCCUGUCUUGUCUCAGUAGACUGCAAAGACUCCUGCAGUGCAUGUUGUUCAUACCAAUCAGUGAGUUUCACUAUGAGUGCAGCGGGAAAGACUAUCCUCUGCUUUGUGGUUUUUAAUAGUUUACACUUACAUUGCAUGUUGUCACCACGAUUAAAGUCAUUAGGAUUUACUUUUAAAAUGACCACAUCAUAGACAAGCUCUGUGUCACAGAGUUUCUGAAUCUUCUCAGACACUCUGUCAUUAUUCAUGGAACAACAGAGUAUUUUCACAGAGCCUUAAAGCCAGAGUCAAUAUUAUUGUUUAACUUUCUCACAGAUUUAUCUUAAAAUUGGCUGUUUUGUUGAACCUCAAUUCUCGUUCAGGUAAUUUUAGUUUUCAGUUUAAUAUAAAAAAACCUCCCUCACGGUGUCUACGCUUCCUGAAUCCUGAAUUUUUGACGCACCCUGGAUGUCUUUUCCUUAUCUGGCUUUGCUCGCUCUGACACAUGAAAUUACACUUUAUGAAACAAUGCUGGUUUUUCUGUCAACAUCAUGAGUCAGCCUGGGCUUUCUGUGGGGAGACAAACAUGAACAAGUCAGCUGACUGCAGAUCAUUAUAUUUGAUCAAACUAUGGCACAAGACAAACAUGAAGAACUUACUUGAAUUGACAGCUGCAUGUGCGAAAAUAAAGGCAGAACAAAAAUGCAUUUUAUACUUGACUGUUUCAGCUAUGAUAUUUAAGCUGCAGCCCUGACUUGAUCAAACAGAGCACUAUAUAGAUAAUCAAAAUUAAUAUUAAAACAUAAUUAAAGUGGUAAGCAGGUGUUACUUUACAUCUUUUGAGUAGAGCAAAUACAAGGCUUUGGUGCUUUGAUGAGUCUCCAUUGGAGAACAACAUAAGCACAGCAAAAUUAAUGACUUUGAUGAAUAUUUUUCAAACUAUGUGAAGUCAUAAAGGUAGAGAAAUUGAAAACUUUCCCUUUUUAAGAAAUGAGCCAUUUUUAUAGUACUGAUAACUCAAAGUUAACCCUGAGGUGAACUUGUUCCUGCAAAUCCAGCUGGUAGUCCGGGUGUCUGCUCAGCACCAAACCGGAGACAAACAAGGAUGGUGAUUAUGAGGUGAAACCAGGUGAGCGCUGAGCAGCUACAGGGAUAGAAACGUCCUGCAGGAGUCGGUGAUGAUCAAAUCAGAGCUGAGGAAAAUACUGAACUCAAUUCACCAGCUAGAGAGACAAGCGCUCGCCUUUAAAUGAACCAACAGAUCAAAAUAAACGGAUGUGUCAGUUCGGCGUUUACAGUUCGUUUCAGCUGCUCUAAGGUGGAAAUAAAAAUCUGCUAUUGGAGAUCGUGCAACUUCUGAUUUAUAGAAACUUCCCCUAAUCUUCAUAUUUUCUCUCAAUUUAAAAUGCAGUACACAGUCAUUGGAUAUUUGUUGCAGGUUCGAGUUUCAAUAUUCAGUCCAUGACAAACCAUAAAUAUUGAAGAACAUAGCCAGCAUGUGAUUUGAAACUUUAAAACCAUCCCUGUGGUGGUUUUUAGGUGUAGUUUUUCACAUGGUUUGUCUAAAUUCUAACAGCUUGGCGACAUCUCCACUUUCUUUAUUUUAGGAUCAGUAUUAAACUGCUGUGAAUCCUGAGUAAUUAAAAACACCUGACAGGUUCCAACUCAGCCGAGGGAUAAAUGCUUAUUAGCCUUUAGUGAAGCUGUAAGCCUUCAGAAAACACCGGCAGCAUCACCUGCUGAAAAUCUGUAACUCAUUCUGAGUGUUUGAAGAUGUGAAGAUGCCUUACGCAAAUAUAGAUGUCUGUAUUUCUCUAAAAUACACACAUUUAUCAGGCUUUUUCGAUGGGCUGAGAUUUUCUCUGCACUCAAUACUUUUGUUAUACCCACCAAUGAAAACCAUAGCUUGAUUAUUAUGGGUUUUUCUAUGAGGGAUAAUGUAUAGUGAACAGGUGGUUAUGCAAAUCAGAACACUUACAGGGCGAGCAGAUUCGAUUUAACCUUAAAUUGGAGAUUAAAAUUUUUACUCAAGUUAAAAUAUGAGCUUGCAUAAAUAAUGCAAAUCCCACACCUCAUAUCAUUGUUGCUGUUAUCGCUACUGCAUAUGGUUUGAGUUACUUUGUAGCUACCUAGAGAGAAGCCCGCACAGGGCUUGACACUAACUUUUCUUAGAAGGAGUACAAAAAGAACUUUAGAGGGCAGAAUAAAAAUUGAUCAAAUAAUGUUUGUCCUAUUGGUCGACUUUAGUACUAUUAUUUGAAAUUAAUUUUAGGUCAGUUGGUCACAUGACAUGGAAGCUAUAGAAGAAAAUGUUCAAAAUUUGCCUUUAAAUUUAACACAAAAAUUUUAGAGGAUAAAUUAGGGAAAUAAAGAGGUGUGUCUUAUUGUAUGACCUUAGUACUAUUAUUUAAAAUCAAUUUUAUGUCAAUUGGUCACAUGACAUGGAAGCUAUUAAAGGAAAACAGCCUUUUUUGAGAACAUCAACUGGUAAUUUAUUGAUGGUCCCUUAUUCAACACCUGAAAUGGUCGCACUGUCGAGUCCUGGGUUAUGCAAAUCAGAACACUUACAGGGUGAGCAGAUUCAAUUUAACAUGAAACUGAAGAUUAAAAUUUUUACUCAAGUUAAAACAUGAGCUUACACCUAGAGAGAAGCCCUCAGCAGUGCCGUUGGUGUUGCCUGGAUUGCAGGACAGGUUGUUACACCUCUUUUCACUAUCAAAGGUGGUUGGGGAACAGCAGCUCCUCAGGCAGCUCUCACAUGUGUGUGCAGUAACUGGCCUUAUUCCCAGCCUGAGACAGACACUGAUGUUUUGAUUGACACUGAUUUUGCCAGCCUCAACAGCCAGGGGUGACAUGCGCUAGACUCCUCAGUGUGGGUUAAUUUGAUUUGGCAUGUCUCUCAGCUUCUCUAUUUCGAGUUAAUUACUGUUUUGAGGUUUUAACCAAUCAGAAUCAAGUAUCCAGCACAGCCAGGCAAUCAUUUAAACAGCCAGGUUUUAAUAGCAGGUAUCUUGCAAAACGAAAUACUCUGUUUUUCUCCCCAGAUGGCGGCCUGAGCCAUGAGCCUGAGGGUUCUCCUUCCCUGUCAGAGUUUGGAGGUGUAUCAGACCGGAGCCCCUUAGUGGUCCAGACACACUCCCAUCCGCGGGCCUCACCCAGCCCCCCACCCAUCCUCCAUGACCUGCAGCAGUCAGACAGCACAUCAUACGUCCUGCUGAACCUAGCAAAAGGUAAAAGAUCUCAAAUCGAAACCCACCACACAAGAGCGUCACAAACUUUAGACAAAAACAAACAAAACAGCUCCUUCUGUCGGCUACGUUUAAUCGGCAUAUCCUUGACAACAAAUCACAUCUUCAUCCCCGUGAGAUGAGUCACUUCCUGAUGGAUUUCAAACACUUUAGAAAGGCUGAGAAGUUUUACAUUAAAACUUUAAAUCUGUUUUUUUGUCUGCACUCUGGGUCUCACUCGACUCCCGAUUCUACUCGGAGCACUAAAAAAGAAAUGGGGUGACACAUUUUCAUGAAGAAAACUGUGAAUUAUUUUGGCUGGAAGAAAUGAUCCUUGGCAGGCACAUUCUCUUGGUUCAUCAGCCUUUUGGCAGCAGAGCCAGAAAAUUAAUUUUGGUCCCUUGACAUGCACCUUUUGUGCAGCGCGCUGUGUUCAGUGUGUGACUCAGUGAGUGAUGUGGCGGAUAGAAAAGACUUUUCAGAGGGUAGAAUCACUUUGAGUCGUUGUUACAAUAAAUUCAGAUCUUGAAUAAAAGGGGAGUGUGUUGUCUUUGGCGUGUUUACGUGUGUGUCUGUUUAAUUGUCUCCUCGCUGCCUUUGAAAACGCAGAAGCGACAUUAAAACCAAGCUGCUGAGCUUGAUAGAGGGACAGUAAUGAAUUCAGAGCUAUGACCUCGAGGGACUCAGACCAGCGAUGAUCCUGCAGCUUUUUUCGCAAUGGCCUUGAAUGUCUUGUUUCACAGCGAUUGUCCUCCUGCCUUUUCAUCCCUCACAGGCAUCACAGCUUCUUCUGAGUCGCUGAUCUUCGCCGCAGAUGGCGCCGGGGAGGAUGACGAUGAGGGGGUCUCAUCAGGGGACUACGGGAUGGAUGGCAGUGCUCCCUGGUAUCUGCGGGUACAAGAGCUGGCACAUGACAGUCUGAUCGCCGCCACGCGGGCGCAGCUCGCGAGAGAUGCCAAGGCAAGCCAGGACGCGAGAGCUGCGAGCGUCAGUAACGGUAGAGUCACUUUGUUUCAUCCGCACAAGCAGAAACGGUCGCCAAAUGAAGUCAAACAGAAGCUUGUCUUUGAAGAAGUACUUUCAGGAAUGUAGGCAGCGCUCUGUGAUGUGUAAGACUAAAUUAAGAAAAAAAAAGAGAGAGAAUUAAAAAGCAACAAAGCUCAUGCGCAGCAGACAGCACAUUUUAGGGAGAAGAUAACAUCAGCCGGUCUACUUACGGCAGGCAUCAAAGACGGAAAGAAGAGAAACGAGGUCAGCAGCGAGAUGAAAAUGUGGCGUAAUCAGCAGCGACUGAAAGUGUGUUCAGCGCUCCUCAUCAGAAGUCUCUCAAUCAAAAUGAAUUUGUAGCUUUGUCGUCUCUGAUUUACAAAUCUGCCUGCAAAUAUCCAGCAGAGUCAUCAGAGCCGCAUUAUCCUGAAACAUUGAUCACGCUUAAGUAGUUUUCAGUGUGCUGUGUCUCUGAUGAUUUAAUGUGCGUUUAGUAAUGCGACUAAUGCAGGCUCCGGAGAGGGAGAGAGGGUACGAGGCAGCUGUGUGCAGAGAGAGAGAGAGAGAGGCCCGGUUUAGGCAUUGAGACAAGAUCUGGGACUGGACAGCUGAUCAAGAAAAGGAGCUGUCAGGAAACCGUCACAUGGAGGACAAUUGAGCAGACGAUAAUAAGCUUCUUAAUUUUUUCAAAGAUAGUUAAUGUAAAGUUCGGAACCACUCUCAUGUCUGAGCUACAAAUACGGAAAAAGCUUGCAUCAAAACGUCAUCAAAGCAAUCGAAAAGCUAAAUUGGCUCCAUUUUUAGUAUUGGCUAUAAAUAAGAAAUGCUAAAAAUGUGUUUUAAGCUGUGCUUUGAUUGUCAGCAGUUGUUUACUUCAGCUUCUCCACCCACCAAAAUAUCCUCUUCAUGUGUUGCUCCCUCUCGGUUCAAAGUUAUCCCUAAUCUCCUCUCACUCUUCUCACUGGAAAGCUCCCCUCUCUGAUCUGAACGACACACACACACACACACACACACACACACACACACACUCCUCUUCCCGCAGCACAAGGUGCUGUAGAAAACUGUUGACCCGCGCCGGGAGUCUGCACUACAUCACUCCACAUUUUAACUCCCCUCCACAGGCGGCGUGUUAGAUAAAGAUUUCACCCAUAGCAUUCAGGGCAGCGUGUCUCCUAGCUAUAUCUCUGAUCUUUGAACUUCCUCUGAGCCAAAUUGCAGCCAGAGGUUCAGGCUAGAAAAGUGAUACAGGAGGAAAAUGUUGUUUCCAUCCUCGCCUGCUUCGAAUGCAUUUCCUCUAAUCUCAGCCUGGAUCUUUGCUUUGCCAGUUUUACUCGAGUGCUGCUGUUUCUAGUUGAAAUCAGCGCUGAGCAUUUGGAGAUAUUUUUAAAUGUAAAUAAAGUCUGUUCAUUCACUGUUUGCACAAACAGUGUUGGUGUAAUAAUGAGUGUUACAGGCACAAUAAUACACACAUUGCUGGUCCCGAAGUCCUUAUCGCAUCUGAUAUAUACAAUUUUAACUCCUUUUCUAACAGUGAUGUAAAUUGAUGGAGAGUUACAAAAAUGACUGAGAUGAACAGCAGCGAUUUUUUAUAAAGUAAAGCAGAUCACUAGCAGAAAGAUUGACAGUAUUUUACUGUAAUUUUUAGUGCUGAUAAACACUGCAAAGAGGCAAUGUUACGAACAGUGCUCAUAUUCAUAAAAAGUGUGAAGGGAAUUUUUGUUAAUACUAUGUACUCAUGUAAAGGAGAGGAUUAACACAGAGGAAAGAGGUCUCACUUUGGCCCAUGGACUGUAUAUACUAUGGACAACUUGGUUCCGCCUUCCGUCAGUAUAUGGAUUUUAAGCCGAAAAGCUCUUGGUAUUUCAGCAAUUUUUCUCCACUUCCCGAAACCAACAUUGCGCAGUAGCGUUGUGUGCAUUCGGCGGAAGAGUCGCCAAGAGUCGCUGUGAUGACGCUCGGCUCAGACAGCGUAUCCCCUGUGUGAGCUUCGCAAUCCUUGAACGCCCAUAGGCUGUAUCAAGUGUCAAUCAUAGAAAACUUGAACCCCCUAAUAACUUUUAAAAAUGGAUCUGUACAGAAAAAAAGGACUUGAGCACAAACCAGUCUGACAGUAACUACAUGUCAACAUUGCAACCGGGGGGGGGGGGGGGGGGGGUAUAUUCUGUGUAAUUAAUUUCUAAAGUUUGUCCACAGCUCUAUAGGGAUUGCUGGAGGAGGCGGGAUUUAUGAACUAUACUGCAGCCCGUCACCAGUGGGUGCUGUUCUCGGGGUGGCUUCUCCCAGCGAGGAGGCAGACAGCGUCCAUUCUACAUACAGUCUAUGGGGGUGCCAGGAUCAACUCAAACCAAAAGUUCCGUACAGGAGCUUUAAUUACUGUUGCUGCACUACAUGCGCAGAUAUAACCUGUUUCAUCUCAUCAACAUUGCUGUGCUGCUGUCUUGUAUUUUAAAAGGACUGUGAGGAGUUUAAUCUGGUUAUAAAUCAGGCCAAAAAAAGUCAAACAAAGUAAUAAGAGUUGUUUCUUUGUCCAGAGAAAACCCUCACUGGAGCUUUAACUGUGCUCUGUUUUGACACUCAGUUGAGCUGUGAUUCCCAGUACGGGUGGAAAUUUGCUCCAGUGCACCCUCAGAAAGUAAGAUGCCAUAUUUUUCGGCUUGUUUUGACUUCUCUGAGUUUGUAUUUGAUUUUAUACUCUCCUGAAUUCAAAAAGAAGUUACUGGAUAAAAAAAAAAACAUGUUUGUGGAUCCGGCCUUGUAAGCCUUUAUCUGGUUCAUCAAGAUCUCAGUGGAGUAUUUCACAUAUCUUGUCACAUUGUAAGGUCUAAUGUUUUGUUCUGAGGCGGUGUGGCAGUUCAUAAAUGUUUCCCACAUUGUUAAAUGAGAAGUCUGCAGCAGACUGUAACUGCUUUCAGUGAGGGACUAAAAACUCCUCUAUCUGAGCAGCAGUAAUGGCCGCCCUCCUACCAAUUCACAUUAGAUUAGACAAGUUUCUUCCAGCAGUGGGGUACCGGUUAUGGCUGCAUUACUGCCGAGAUGCUGUAAGCAAAAUUGGACCUGUUAACAGCAUUCAAGGCGGGGAGCCUGUGCAGGUGAAAAGCGAGUGAUUGCCUUCAGCUUCGGGUUGUUUUCUUUCGGCGGCGGUUGUUCAGCGGGCCUCAGUCGCUACCCGAUGAUUAGCUUUUUAUACAGCCAGGCUCCAGAGGCCGACCACCUGGUAACUCCUGGGUUAUUUUCCGCACAGCCCCGCUCACUUUCCUUUUUCUUGUUGCCUAGGCGACCACGCGCACACUUUGGCGCCGGAGGGGGACAAGCGGGAGCCGGCGCCCCGGACCAACCGUCCCCUCUCCAAGCAGAUCCUCCGCUGCUCGUUCGAGGGAUGCUGUAGGACGUUCACCUGGCCGGCUCAUCUGAAAUACCACCUCAAAACACACAGGUAUCAUCAUACACACAUUUUAACACAUAUUUAACACAAACACCUAAUACAUCACACACACAUGGUAUUCAUUAUUUUCAUUAAUGGCUCAAAGCAGCUGCUGCAAAAACAUCAAAAUUCAAAACCCCAUUCAAAGCCUGGCUAAUGCGGAUACAUUUACUAAAUUGAAAAAUAAUAAUACAAGCUUGCAGGCUAAUACCGUCAUUACACACUGUCACUUAAAAUAUAAUAUGUGCAAUCAAAUCUCAGCUGUUAAUAGAAAGCCGCAGCUAUUAUUACCUGUAAAACACAAUUAGGAAGGGAGAUGUUGUUAUUAAGCUUAGUGCAGAAAUUUACAUGAAUUAGAUUUAUAUUAGUAGGAAUAAUUACAGAAAAAGCCCCCAAAAUAAAGAUAUUAUCACCACUCUUUGAUCCGACUGAAGCUCCUUUUUUUGGUUCCACAAAGUGUAUAAUGUUUCAGCAGAGACGUAGAAUGAAUAAAAGCGGGGAACCCAGAGUAAAUAGCGUUUAAAUAUUUCAUCCGCGGGCUUCAUUUUCAGGCUUCUGAGACUUGGUGUUGGAGCAGAGCUGUACAGAUGUUUUACAGCCGAGCGAUCUCAGUGUCUUCCACAGGUUUUUAACUCGAAGGCAGGCGGGGAGAAACACAGCGGAGACUUAGAGAGAAGUGUGCUGUUGUGCAGCAGGAGCUCUCUUAACACCAGUGAAGGAAGUGUACUCGUGGUUUGCCUGGCCUGACCUCGAGGUGGGCUGACUGCAAAUGAAUCGUGCAGUCCAAACACGCUGAGGCUCGUUUGUCUGGUUUUCUCUCAGGAAUGACCGAAUGUUCAGGUGCGGCGCUGAGGGCUGUGGGAAGAGCUUCUACGUGCUGCAGAGGCUGCAGGUUCACAUGAGGACCCACAACGGCGAGAAGCCCUUCAUCUGCAAGGAGAAGAACUGCGGCAAGAAGUUCACCACUGCUGGGAACCUGAAGAACCACAGACGCACACACACAGGUGGGAGGGGGAAGGGGUGAAGGGGGCGAGGGAUACAUGGGUAUAAAAGGCUAAACACGCUGGAAGCAAGAACUGACUCAGGCCAUUAGACUCAGGCUUAUUUAAUGCUUCCACGGUGCAGUAGAGGUGGAGAUGUGACGAGUCAGCAGCACUGGCGCCUCAUCUUCACCGCUGCAAAGAGUAUCAGUACUCUGUCAUGUUUUAUUUAAAGUGACAUUAAGAUUUCUGAUAGACUGUCUGCUGCUUCUUUCCAGGGACCCUCCAGCAGAUCAGCUAAACAGAGUUUAUCUUUGCCUUUUUGUCUGGAAGUACGGCUUCCUGUGAGCUGAAAUAUUCACAAAACUGAACGUGGAGCUGUUAUAAUAUUGAAACUAGAACCAGAACUAGCUUCAGUGUAGCCUAGGAUGGUCCAUCUCAAGACCCUUUACAGAAAGACCUGGUCUAGACCGUGCUCUUUGUUUUAUUUACAAAGAUCCAACAUUAAGAUGGGAUAAGAUUAAAGGGAUAUUCUGGCGUGAAAUUAAUUUAGGGUCAAACACACCGUAACACCAAGUUAGACAACCCGUCUAGAGAUGAAUGUUGCCGACCGCUUGCUUCUCUAGUUAUACCAACUUAAGUAACGACCGCAGGAUAGCAAUACACAGCGGUCUGAGGAGCCACAGACAAACCUCAACCAAAAAGCCCUCUAUAGCCACAAAUAAUGCUCAGAACAGCACCUAACUUCAUCAACAGGACAUAUAGGGUCCUAGCCACAGCACUAGCCACCAAACAUCUUUUUAACUUUGCCUAAUUUCUUUAGCAAAGAGACUAAACACAACUCACCUACUCUCUUCCAGCAGCCACUUGUUUGAGACCUCAGGCCAGUCCAUUACGGACUGCUGCGGGGUGACGCAGCUCAAGGAAGAACAUUUAUGUUCAUUACUUAUGGAAAUGCAAUCAGACCGAGACACUGAGGCAGAAGAACUACCGCGUCUGCAGUGCAAAAUGAUUAAUAUGGUGAUCGUUACUUCAAGGAAAUGAUAAAUAAAUUAUCAUAAAUGUUCUUCCUUGAGCUGCGACACCCCACAGCAGUCUGUAAUGCACUGGCCUGAGGUAUCGCUACAAACAAGCGGCUGCUGGAGGAGAGUAGGUGAGUUGUGUUUAGUCUCUUUGCUAAAGAAAUUAGGCAAAGUUAAAAAGAUGUUUGGUGGCUAGUUCUAUGGCUAGGACCCUAUAUGUCCUGUUGAUGAAGUUAGGUGCUGUUCUGAGCAUUAUUUGUUGCUAUAAAGUGUCUUUUUGGUUGAAGCUCCUCAGACCGCUGUAUUGCUAUCAUGCAGUCAUUACUAAAGUUGGUACAACUAGAGAAGCAAGCGGUCGGCAACAUUCAUCUCUCGACGGGGUGUCUGACUCAGUGUUACUGUGUGUUUGACCCUAAAUUAAUUCUACACCGGAAUAUCCCUUUAAGUCAAGCAUCUUAUUGGGAUCCAUAGAGGAGCAUGCUGCAGCGCACCAGAGUCAUGUUGGACAGUUAUCCACUCAGACUGACUAGAAAGAGAGAGAUGGAUAGAGACAAACGGUAAAAACCUCUUAGUUCAUGACAAUUAGAGUCGACAGGUCUUUCUCAAUAGCAUCGCGGUGACAGCAGUUGUUAUAAUAAAGGUGAAAAUGAAAAGAGUCAAAAUUUAACAUUAACUCUGUAACAGUGAUAAUAUUGGUAAGGAUGGUGCUAAUAAAUUAAUUCAGCUGCUCUUUCUAAUUAGAAAAAAGGUUAUUUUCUUCUGCUGUGAAACAGGCGCCUACACUGGAUGAUGUGCUGCGCCAACAUUUAUGAACCUGUUCAUGUUGGCAAUUAGGAAGAAAACAAGUUUGCGUGGUGAAAGCAGACAGUGUGAUAUUAUCCGGGGUUGGAAAAAGCGACAGUUGCGUUAUAAUAUUUACACUAGAAAACUCAUCUCUGAACUUGCAUGUGUACAUUUAUGCGGGGGGAAAUAGGAGAGGCAUAGAGGUUUCUAUAAUUAGGGGUUCAUAAUUAAUCAUCAUUUCAAGAACCCUCCGAGGGAAAUGCUUUGAUUGCAAUGAUUAAAAGGAAGUAUUUCUGUACACUCACCAUGCUGUCAUGUCUGAAUGCAAAGAGCUGACCAAUCAGAGCCUUUGAUUCGUGAACUGUGCGCUAACCAGCAGUCGACUCGAUGAUUUUUGUCAGUUUGGUGGAAAAAAAGGGAGGAGAGUUGAUGAAUACUUCAUCACACACCCCAGAUUUGUCUCAUUUCUCGCAGUCGCAUAAAUAAAAGUUUAAACGCUCAGAUGUAGACGAAGAGUCGACAGAUAAACAGGUUCAGAUCCCUGAUUCCUUAUCAGAAAGCAGAAAAUAAAAAAGCGACAUCUCAGGCGAUCACGAUGGGAGUAAUUUUUAUUUUAUUAGUAUGUUUGCGUCGAAUUAGGUCAGCUGUCACUGCGGUUUCCAUAAACAAGAAAAAAAUGCUGCAUUCAACGACUCCAGAGUGCCUGAGCUGCUUAAAUCACUUUAUCACUUUGGAUAAUCCAGUAAAGUUCUGCAGAAUAAUGCUGUGUACAUUUGUAAAUCUUUGUAAUAUGGAGUUAAAUGUGUGUAUGUGUGCAUGUGCGUGUGUGUGUUUGUGUGUGGUGGGUGGCUGUUUCCAGGAGAGAAGCCUUUUCUGUGUGAAGCAGAUGGUUGUGGGCGAUCCUUUGCCGAGUAUUCCAGUCUGAGGAAACACAUGCUCGUACAUUCUGGUGAGUGGGACACAGUUUACAGCUGGAACAGCCCCGGCGCUGUUUCUGUAAUUAGUGUGCAUCCAGAUCCACUGUAUCGUGAUGCGCCUUGAAGACAUGCAGAGCGGGAUCACAGGAUUUCACGUCUCUUUAUGUUUGCGUGCUUGUGUGUCGUCUGCCAGGCGAGAAGCCUCAUCACUGCGGGAUCUGCGGUAAGACGUUCUCCCAGUCGGGCAGCAGAAACGUCCACAUGAGGAAGAGGCACGGAGAGGAGGGGCUCAGCACUGAAAGUCGAGAAACAGGUCUCUUUUUCUUUCCCACUCUCUCUCCUAUUAUCUUUUUCUUUCACUGUAAAACACACACAUUCACACACACGCACUGUGCAGUAGGUGGUAAUGCUAAUCCAUGGAUUAUGUAGCUUCAAGCUGCCCAUACAUUUUCAAAAGUGCACAGAGAAAGUGUUGGUUUAAGUUACAUUGAGGAAUAUUUCAUGAAUAAUUAAUGCCCCCAGAGCAGUUAAAAAUUAAUCAUUAAGAUUUUUAUUCUUCAGGCUCAGAGGCUGAAUUGUUUCAGACAGCUCAUAUCUGUGGAAAAGCAGAGAUAGCAGAACUGCGCCGCGGAAAGAGGCCUGUCGGGCGUCUUGUGAUGGGGUCACGAUUGUCUGUAAUCACCGCAUUAACUCAAAUUCAUGUCUUCGAGCGUCUUGUGCCGUCACAUAACAAAUAACCGAGGUAAAUGAGUGGGUAUGCUUGUGUAAAUCUCCCACUGCAGCUGUGGAGAAUGCACCCCAGGUCAGUCCUCCCUCUAUUCUUAGUCCGAGUUCCAGUACCUCUUCAGAUUAAAAGCGUCCCUCAACGAGCUAUUUACGUUCCGACAUAAUGUCUAAUUGUACAAAAUCAUCUUAAAUUAGGUUGUCUUUGUGGCGUGGAAACAUGAGAGCAGACAGAGUAUUUUCCUCCUUGUCACAUUUGUGUAGCAGUGGGAAGCACGGCAGCUGAAUCACCACAGAGGAAACGGCUGCCAAAGCUCUAAUUAUAAACAGCAGAUUUAUUCGGGUCAGCCUCCCCAAAGAGGCUGGUCUUUUGUAAAAAAAAAAGCAGAACGAAAGGAAGAUGCAGCUUCUCAACAGAGGGGUAGUUUCUGUGUUAUUUAUACCAGAUGAAUUAUUUAAUCGACUUUGUUGGAAUAAGGACAGUCCUAAAAACAACCCCAAGAAAAGGCGUCCAAAGGUAACUUUAAAAGUUUGUAGAAAUGAGAUGUUUGAACUCUGAUAUUUGGCUUUUUAUCCUUUAAAACAGAGUUGAAACAGAGUUUGAGGUAUAUUGCAUUUCAGUUAUCUCAGGUAUGAUUUCUUGGAUCACAAAUGGAGUAUUACGACGUUUCGAAUCACAUGUCGCUCGCCUCCUCAUGUCACAAAUCAGAGUUUGACGUCUGUGCGCAUCCGACAGGUGAGGCUCUGACACAAAGCAGCCUGCUGGAGGCAGACGGCGAAAAUGGAGAUGAUAUGGUCACCAUGACAACAGCCGUGGAGCCCAUGAAUCUCCACCACGCCAUGCUGAGAUCACCAGGUAGGUUUCUUACAUGUCACAGCACAAUAACCUCGCUGUAAACAGUGAUUCGGUGAAGCGGACAGCAUUUAUGCUAAUGUCGGAGGUGCUGAGUCAACCUGUGGAGCCGCCGGUUUCCUGUCAGGUGUUUUUCCUCGUAUUUAUGUGACAGUCCCGAGGUGACGAGUCGCUCCACGACAGUCCAGCUUUGUGUGUUUGUCUUGAGUUUGAGAUGUUUUAUCUACCAUCAGAAAGCAACUUAAAAGGCCUUUUUAUUCUCUUUUUAUUCACUUGUCUCGAUUUUAAAGCGGCGACUGUCAAAGCUGAAAUUACCCACUGCUAAAUGACUCAGCUGAGUUUGUCCUUUCGCAGCGGUGCAGUCUUGAUUUAAAGAAGAGGAGCUGUAAACAAAAUCCUGUAAUUUCACUUGAGGAAAAAAGGCUGAAAUUUACUCUCUUCAGUAUUCGUUGCCAACCAGCUCAUCUCAUGACGCAUCUCAACCUCACCCGGCUCGUAGAUUCAGUCCGAACCUUUGUGAUUCUGUUAAAUGCAACACCUGCUCCUCCGCUGUGAGCACAUAAAUGCAUAUGUUUUCAGUAUUGUGAUGCUAUUUAUACUCCGGAUGUUUCUCUCCCAUCUGUCGCCUUUAUUACAGUCCCGUGGUUUGUCUCAGAGAAGCUUGUUCCAUUGCAGCUUUGAUUUACUUUCGUUUCUCUCCAUUACCUACAAUUAUAUUUUACAACUGGAGCGCCUGGUGACACAAGGCUAAUUCAGUCACGCUUUGCGAGUGGUCCUAUGCUGCAGAUUUACCGCAGCCCAGAGUCCCAUUUUAAUGCUUGUUUGAAAUAUUUAUUUACCCCUGCAGUGCCCACGUUUAAGUAGCUUCAGAUUGCAGAAAAUUAUGAAUUGUGUGAUAGUUCUUACUCUAGACGGAUUUUCUUAUAUAAUUAAUUUGUUUCUCUGGCUGACAUUCCCAUAUUCUUUGUCCGUCUGGAUUUCUCUGUGAUCCUAACUUCAAAGAAAUGUUGACAACUGUUGCCAAACUUCAGAGAGCUGUGAUGCUAAAUGAGAACAGGGGCCACAAGUAGGAGAUUUAACCACAUGAAACGGGGACUCUAGUAAUGGAACUGCAAAAAGUUCAGUCAACACGUCUGAUUCCUGAUCGCUGCACUUUUUUCUUUAAAGGGAUAUUCUGGUGCAAAAUUAAUUUAGGGUCAAACACACCGUAACACUGAGUUAGACACCCCCUUGAGAGAUGAAUGUUUCAGACCGCUUGCUUCUCUAGUUAUACCAACUUAAUAACGACCGCACGAUAGCAAUACACAGCGGUCUGGGAAGCCAUAAACAAACCUCAAAAAACGCCACUCUAUAGCCACAAAUAAUGCUCAGAACAGCACCUAACUUCAUCAACAGUACAUAUAGGGUCCCAGCCAUGCCACGAGCCACCAAACAUUUUUUUAAUUUUGCCUUAUUUCUUUAGCAAAGAGACUAAACACAACUCACCUACUCUCUUCCAGCAGCCGCUUGUUUUUCCGAGACCUCAGGCCAGUCCAUUACAGACUACAGCGGGGUGACGCAGCUCAAGGAAGAACAUUUAUGAUCAUUACUUUAUCGUUUCCUUGCAGUAAUGAUCAUCAUAACAAUCAUUUUGCAAUGCAGACGUGGUAGUUCUUCUGCCUUAGCGUCUCGGUCUGAUUGCAUUUCCAUGAAGAAAUGAUCAUAAAUGUUCUUCCUUGAGCUGCGGCACCCCACAGCAGUCCGUAAUGCACUGGCCUGAGGUCUCGCUACAAACAAACAGCUGUUGGAGGAGAGUAGGUGAGUUGUGUUAAGUCUCUUUGCUAAAGAAAUUAGGCAAAGUUAAAAAGAUGUUUGGUGGCUAGUGCUGUGGCUGGGACCCUAUAUGUACUGUGGCUAUAAAGUGGCGUUUUGGUUGAGGUUUGUUUAUGGCUCCUCAGACGACUGUGUAUUGCUAUCGUGCGGUCAUUACUAAAGUUGGUAUAACUAGAGAAGCAAGCAGAUGGCAACAUUCAUCUCUCGAGGGGGUGUUUUACUCUGUGUUACUCUGUGUUUGACCCCAAGUUAAUUUUACGCCGGAAUAUCCCUUUAAGCAACAUUAAAAAGUUCAUGUGUGACUCCAAAUAGCGUCCAGUCCCUUAGAAUAUUUUUACAGGCUCAUGCAGAUUUUCCUCAACCGGCCAAUCAGCAUCAAACGAGAACAACCACAGGUGGAAAGCGAAGGUCGCUGCGUCAUGAAAUCCAGUCUUCCACCUCAUGGCGUCCGUGGCGGAUGUGUUGAGAUUGAUUGACCCGCCGCUCUGCAGUGUUCACAUUACCUGGUGAUUUCUACAUAACUCUCUUUUGUGUCUGUACUUCCAGGCUCCGCAGACUCAGUGGUCGUCCUCUCACAGCCGCAUGAACUGGUGACCAUGACGACGGAGGGCCAUGCAUAUGGAGAGGAUGUGGUGGCGCUACUGUAGUCUCCUAUCAUGACACAUUACACACUGCCGUUUCCUGUCAGUCAGAAAGGACUUAACAUAGCCGUCUUUUUUUGUACAUAGAUUAAUCACGUCUGUAGAUAUCUGUAAUUAGCAACUGAUAAUUGUUUUAUUUUAACAAGUGCGAAACGGAAACAUUUGUACAAAACAACCGUUUUUUGAACUCCCAAAGAAAAACUGAGACGGGUUUAAAAAGUUUAUGAAAAUAUACGGACCAUGUAUUGUUCUGAGCGGAAACAUUGUAAACAAGUCUGCGGUUUGAAAUGCAACAGACACAAACAAGACUCCAUAUAAGCUGCGUUUCCAACACACCUGAGAGUAGAAAAGCGCCCGAUAUAUUAUAAACCUGCUACUGCACAGCGCUGCAUGUAAACACCGACCACAGCCGCUCUGUUGAUCAUCCUGAGUAAAACAAACAAACAUUCAUCUCAAACCAAAUGCCCAAAGCUGCUCCACUCAGCGUCUUAUUGGUUCACUUCUUCCACUCAAAAGUGUCGACUUCCUCCGCUCCACUCGCUCUCUGAGUUAAGACGCACGUUGCUCAUUUACAGCUCAAUGUAUUAACACUUGAGAAUAAUUGCUUUUGAAAUGAAAUGAAGAAUUACUCAUGAGGUUAGAAAAAAAGAAAAAAAAAAACAAACAGCAGAUGUCUGGGGCUGUUAGAUAAAGUAGUGCGCACUACUAGCAGUGUUUCUUCCUCCUCCUCCUCCUCUUCUUCUUCUUCCUCCUCCUCAGUGGAUCUUCAGGUUGUGGAAGUGGUCCAGCGUGGCGCCCAAAGCCCAGCUCGCCUCCACGUUGUUCACUUUCUUGGUCAACUAGGAGGAGGGGGGGAAAAACCCACACCAAAUCACUCAAAUGCCUUUUGUAUUUAUUGAAAUAAAGAGUCAUGUCAUUUUUGUCUCGCUCUCUCGCUAUUUUUGAGCCUUUUUCCUUGAUUAGAUCGGACAGCUUAAAAAAGACGUGGGGGGAAGUGGGUGGGGAGUGGGGGAUGACAUGAAUCAGUUUUGUAACUCGCGCGGCAGAGGCUGGUGUCUGUACUUUCCUGUCUCUCAUUUAUGAGGGACAAUGAGUGAUUUCUCAGGAUCAGGGACGUUCAUCCUUUAGCAUGAUUAACUGAUUAUUUCAUAACUUGUGCUCUGUUUUAAGAAAGCCACCGGUGACUCACGGUUCUAUUUAUGAUCUAUUCAAAUGGUAGUAACAAAUUCUCAAUGGGAGCUAUUUUCAAACCCACUCUUUGUCUUUUAACUGGGAGUUAAAAGAGAAGUAAGAAGUCAUGAUUCACACAACUCUUCCCCUCGUUAUUUCUCCUGUCUCACCUGCAGCACCGUGCUCUCCUUAAAGCCGAACCC